AUGGCUGAGCCAGUAGUAACAGCAGCAGCACUUGAGCCAUUGAGCGAAACGAGGCUAGAUCCAAAGCCCCACGGCGAGCUUCUCACUUAUAAUCCGAGCAUUGAGCUCUUUGCCCGAGCCGCUGGCCCCAGAACACUCGAGAUAUGGCGUUCAAACGGACAGUCGGUCGUCAAGGCCAGUCAGAAAGGCGACAAGCAGACAGUUGAAGCUCUCAGAUGGAAGACGGACGGUGAAUUCUUGGCCGUCGGUUGGAGCGAUGGCGUCGUGCGCCUAAUGGGCUUGGAGAAUAGCAAGGCCGUCCACUUGAUCUCCGUAUGCCAAUCCGGCGAGGCAAAGAUUACCUGCAUCGGCUGGACUAGAAAUCGUACUGGGAAAAGGGCUGCUGUGACUGCAAAGCCUGGCACGUCUUGGGAAAAACUCUCUCUCGAGGGCUUGAGUCUCGGCGAAAAGAAUAACAAACAGGACCUGCCACGUGAACUCACCUUCCUAGAGGUCGAGACUGCGCUGCCAAAACUCAGCCCUUUGCCCGCAACUGGAGGCUCUGGGGACGACAUGUAUGUCUUCACCACGAGAUCAUCUCUGGAAUUUCUUUUUCGCCCCUUCUCCCCCGAGACGGCCGAUCUCGUGGACGUCAUGCUGGUUGGAACUGAUGACGAAGCCAUACACCUGAGCAUCUACGACUCCUUCGUCAUUGGCAAAUUCCAGUAUACCAUCCCUGCCGCGGAAAUGCCAGAACCCCUAGACGCAGUGCCCUCCUUGAAAUUGACACACCAUGCAUCGCAUCAAGAUCUCACAACACAUUCGUUGUUGUUACAACCCUCUACAGGAGAGGAGAAGAAUCAAAUAUAUCUCGUGCCAAUGGAUCUGACCUUCAUCCACUCCACGCUGGAAAACCUGUCUCUCCUGGCGUCAAAGACAACCACAUUGCAAAAGCUCAUCAGAUACGUAAGGCAAGUGCAGAUCCACAUGAUGGCCGACUGGCAGUCAACACGGGAAUUGCCCCAUAGAUUCCUCGACAGUAUUAACGACACAUUGAAAGAAACUGGAAAGUACGGACAGAUGGAUGUUGGACAGGCCAUGUACCAUACGGUCGUAACGGGACAUACGUUCCCAGAAGUCAAGGAAUGGCUUGUCGAUCAAUUAGCGGAACGUGGGCAUAAACGGUGGGACAAGGCCGUUGUCUCUGGCCUCGAGAGCGUUCGAAAUCUAGUUCACGAGAACUUCCUUCCUGCCCUGGAACGCAUUGCCACCAUCUUGAGUCGUCUUUUGGGUAUAGCUCGAUUUCAUGAUUCCAAAGAUGAGAUUGGUUUUACCGGUAUUCAAAUCACCAAGGUCAUGGACAUGGUCUCAUCUCUCAUGCUUGUCGGGAACAAGAUCCUAUUAGCUGUCAUGGAAGAGCUCGAACUAUUUCGAGCCUUUUCUACCUGGAUUCGCUACGAGAUUGACCGUUUAGCAUCCUCAACAGUAUCAGACGAGCUGACCGAGAAAGAGGCCACCAUGGAGCAUGGCAGAAUCCUCACAUACAUACAGCAGUUCAUGCCUGCAAGUCCGCUCAGGUUUUAUCUUAGCAAAGUGACAACUGAAGAUGCAGCUCGAGAGUCUGCAAAUGCCGAGGGCAUCACACCCUUGUUUGAUAUAGUAGACAAGCAUAUCAAAAAGCAAGAGGAAGGAAAACAACAACAAACAACAAUCACGCAGAUUGAAUAUAUUGAGGGUCUCCUCGGCAGACACGCCGACGUUGUUUUCCAAGGAAUUGCAACUGCCGGAAAACGCAGCGUGCGUUUCGGCCAGCUCCAGCACAUCAAGCUGGAACAUGAUAUAGCCAAGCUUGAUAUUCAGAUGCGCAGUGUUGCAGAAGUCAACCACAAUGCAGAAACCUACAUAGCCUUGACGGAACAAGAACGAGAGAAUAGCGUACAUGUGUUCCGGGCCCAAACGAUGAUCAUUAAUGGCAUCAGUGGUGGGGUCAUGACGCAGCACUCACAUUUGCAACUUGGCGGCAGCACGGUCAUUGAUGUCAAGUUUCUCAACGAGGAGUCACUACUCGUACUUUUAGCACUCGCAGAAAACGACAUUCGCAUCAUCAAAGUACCCCAUACAUCAGUUAACCUUGGCUAUCAUGUAUAUGACCCGUGGGUUCCCGCGGAGCCGCAUGUGCUCAACACGGAACAGGUCGUCAGUGUCUUCCCCAACGCAAAGGUGCCUCUUGAGAGUGGCUUCAUGCCUGGACAGAUGGAAGUUCGGGAAGCCAGUUCUCAACGAGGACAAAUUCCAGCUCGAGUCGCGCUCCUGGGCAAGGAUGGGCAGACGUACAAAGUCUUUUCCCUACCCAGACACAUUUUAUAG